AUGUCUUCCGCGUCAUCCGUAUCGAUGAGAUCCGGUUUACACGUUGCCGCGUUGAAGAGACGAAACGCUGUCAGCGCGCGCUCCGUAAACUACGCCAAAGCGCGUGCUUCCGUAUCGUCGUCGUCAUCGUCGAACAACAACAACAACAACAAGCCGAUGCAAACGACAAUGAGAAAGAGCCAAACUUCGGCUGCCAUCGCUGCGGACAACGCUUCUGUGGAAUCUAUGGCGACAAUGAGUGCGCCAAGCAACUUGCACGGCUUCGAUCUCGUCAAAGAAGAGUUCGUUCCGGAAUACAACGCGAAAGGAUUCUUAUUCAAGCACAAAAAGACGGGCGCUGAGGUGAUGUCGCUCUCGAACGACGACGAGAAUAAGUCUUUCGGUGUUACGUUUCGCACGCCACCUGCAAACUCGACCGGUAUUCCGCACAUCCUCGAGCACUCUGUGCUUUGUGGUAGCAGAAAGUAUCCAAUCAAAGAGCCUUUUGUUGAGUUGAUCAAAGGAAGUUUGAACACGUUCUUAAACGCUAUGACGUACCCGGAUCGAACGUGCUAUCCAGUCGCUUCGUGUAACCUCGCCGAUUUCUACAACCUCGUUGACGUGUAUUUAGACGCAGUAUUCCACCCAAAGUGCAUCGAGAACGAGAGAACGUUCGAGCAAGAAGGUUGGCACUACGAGUUGAACGACAAGGACGAAGACUUGACGUACAAAGGUGUCGUUUUCAACGAAAUGAAAGGCGUGUACUCUUCUCCAGAUUCCGUACUCGCGCGCGAAUGUCAGCAAGCGUUAUUCCCGGAAAAUACGUACGGAGUCGAUUCUGGCGGUUCGCCGGAAGUCAUCCCUGAGUUGACUUUUGCCGAGUUCAAAGACUUUCACGGGAAAUUCUAUCACCCAUCCAACGCGCGCCUUUGGUUCUACGGCGACGACGACGUUGAGAACCGUUUGAAGCUUUUGAGCGGAUUUUUGGACGAGUUCGAUGCCAAGGACGUCGACUCUUCCAUUGCUUCGCAAGCUUUUUUCAAGGAACCAAAGCGAGUCGUGAAAACGUAUGCCUCUGGUGAAGACGAGGAAGCGCAAAAAUGUUUCGUCCAAAUUAAUUGGUUGCUGAACGACAAACCGUUCGAUCAAGAGACUGCCUUAGCCGUGGGAUUCUUAGACAACCUGUUGUUAGGCUCAUCCGCUUCUCCAUUGAGACUCGCUCUGGAGGAGUCUGGUUUAGGAGAAGCCAUUGUUGGAUUCGGUUUGGAAGAUGAGUUGAGGCAACCGUCGUUUGCGAUUGGGAUGAAAGGGGUGGAGGAAGCUGAUAUCCCGAAAGUUGAAAAAUUGAUCUACGACACGAUGGAAAAAAUCGCCACGGAAGGAUUCACCGAUGAUGCAAUCGAAGCAUCUAUCAACUCCAUCGAGUUUUCGCUCCGUGAGAACAACACCGGCCGAUUCCCGAGAGGAUUAUCGAUGAUGCUACGAUCCUUAUCGGCGUGGUUGUACGAGGGCGAUCCUUUCGAACCGUUACGUUACGAGGAACCGCUCAAACAUUUGAAGUCACGCAUUUCAUCCUCUGAAGAUGUUUUUAGACCGCUCAUGCGAAGAAUGUUCUUGGAAAACACGCACCGCGUUACGGUUGAAUUGAAACCAGACCAAAAACUCGGCGAAAUAGAAGCCAACGAGGAAAAGAUGAAAUUAUCUGCCAAGAAAGCUUCGUUGUCCUCGGAAGAAAUUGAACACGUCGUCGCGGAGACGGCUGCUUUGAAGCUGUUGCAAGAAACGCCAGAUUCGCCAGAGGCGCUCAAGUGCAUACCGGCUUUGGCUUUAUCGGAUAUCCCUAAAACUGCCAAGGAAAUUCCGAGUGAUGUUGGGUCGAUUGGAUCCACGGAACUUUUGACCCACGAUUUGUUCACGAACGACAUCAUUUAUGCCGAGCAUCUCCUCGAUAUGAAGACAAUCCCGGAAGACUUGUUGCCGCUUGUACCUUUAUGGACGCGCGCGCUAGGCAGAAUGGGCACUUCGAAGAGAAAUUUUAUCGAAUUCGACCAAAUCAUCAACGCGCAAACCGGCGGUAUUUCUGUUUCGCCGUUUGUUUCGCCGAUUCGAGGGGAUCCAAACGCAAUCUCCGCGUAUAUGGUUUUCAGAGGUAAAGCGACUUCGGAUAAAGCAGGUAUUAUGUACGACUUGAUGACAGAAAUGUUGUUUGACUCGAAGCUCGACGAUCAAAAAAUCUUCAAGCAACUAGUUCUCGAAACGCGGUCUGGAAUGGAAAGUAGAGUCCAGGGGGCGGGACAUUCCAUCGCGGCUUCGCGACUGGAAGCGCAGGACUCCGUCGCUGGGUGGGUCAACGAACAAAUGGGUGGUUUGGACCAAUUAGAAUACUUACGAAAGUUGGCGAAGCGCGUGGAUGAAGACUGGGAUUCCGUGGUUGCGGAUUUGGAGACGAUCAGAAAGUGCGUGUCUUCGCGGAACAACAGCAUAACCAACUUGACGGGAGACUCGAAAACGUUAGAUUUGUCGCUCAGUAGUGCGGAGAAAUUUUUAGGCUCGCUGAAUCAAAGCGCUCCUGCUUCUUCGGCAAACGCGUGGAAGACUAUAAACCCGGCUAUAAACGAACUUCUGACUGUUCCAACCACGGUGAACUACGUCGGUAAAGCGGCCAAUUUGUACAAAAGCGGAUACGAAUUGAACGGGUCUUCUUACGUAAUCAACAAAUUGCUCGGGACGACGUGGCUUUGGGACCGCGUUCGCGUUUCCGGUGGAGCUUAUGGUGGGUUUUCCGACUUUGACUCGCACUCCGGGAUGUUCACGUACUUAUCUUACAGAGAUCCAAACUUAUUGAAGACUUUGGAUAACUACGACGGUACAGUGGAGUUUUUGCGCAACUUACACGUGGACGAGGAUGAAUUAACGAAGUCCAUCAUCGGUACGAUUGGUGAAAUCGAUUCGUAUCAGUUACCAGACGCGAAAGGAUACACUUCUCUCAUGCGUCAUCUGCUGAAAAUUACCCCGGAGGAGCGUCAAGAGCGUCGCGAACAAAUCUUAGGGACUACGAACAAGAGCUUCAACGACUUUGCAGGGGCGCUGGAAGCGGUGCGCGCACCGUCGGCCAAAGUGUCGGCGGUAUGCUCCGCCGAAGCUGCUGAAAAAGCUAAAAGUGAACGCCCGGAUUUAGACUUUCAAAUUAAGCGCGUUAUUUAA